AUGCUGACCUAUACCACUGCAGGCUGGCAUGCUCCAGUACUCGACCGGCCGACAGCCCAGCCAUGGCGACGGCUUUCCAUGCACCUACACUCUCAUCGUCGUCGAUCUGGGCUCGCGCUAAGUAGGAAAUACCCAUCUUAUCCGGAGGCAAAAGCGCGUGAAUGGGAAGUUGAUGAAUACAGACAACACACGGAUGAACCAAGCAAGAUGAAACAGAUGAUCAAUGCCAUAAGGACGGCACUGGGGUCAUUGGGUGAUGAUGAGACGUCAACCAAUGUUUCAGCCUACGACACGGCAUUGGUCGCCCUUGUCAAGAACCUUGACGGAGAUGAGAAACUGCAAUUCCCCUCAUGCAUCAACUGGAUUUUACAAAAUCAACUACCAGAUGGCUCGUGGGGUGACCCUGCUUUCUUUAUGGUCCAAGAUCGGAUGAUCAGCACCCUGGCAUGUGUAGUGGCAGUGAAGUCUUGGAACAUUGACAGCGAUGACUUGUGUGACAAAGGUGUGUUAUUUAUCCAAGAAAACAUGAGCAGGUUGGUAGAACAAGAACAGGACUGGAUGCCAUGUGGCUUUGAGAUUAAGUUCCCAGCUAUCCUAGAGAAGGCCAAGGACCUGGAUCCGGACAUCCCUUAUAAUCACCCUGCUCUAGAAGAGAUACAUGCCAAGAGAAAUCUAAAGCUCUCUAAGAUACCUCUGGAUGUGCUACAUAACAUACCAACGACCCUACUUUACAGUGUGGAAGGAAUGGUAGACUUGCAAUUGGACUGGGAAAAGCUACUCAAGUUGCGGUGUCUGGACGGCUCAUUCCAUUCCUCGCCUGCUGCAACAGCUGCUGCCCUCAGUUACACCGGCGACAAAGAAUGUCUUGCGUUCCUAGACAGGCUCGUAAAAAAGUUCGAUGGGGGAGUGCCUUGUAUGCACUCCUUGGAUAUUUUUGAGCAGUUAUGGGUGGUUGAUCGGCUGAUGCGUCUAGGGAUAUCUAGCCAUUUCACAAGUGAAAUUGAGCAGUGGAUAGAUUUUAUUUACAGGCGUUGGACUCAAAAGGGACUGGCUCAUAACAGGCACUGCCCUACCCCGGAUAUUGAUGACACCGCCAUGGGUUUCCGUCUCCUCCGUCAGCAUGGCUACGAUGUCACUCCAUGCGUAUUCAAGCACUUUGAGGACAGGAAGAAUGGCAAGUUCUUCUGCUUCCCAUUGGAGACCAACAACGCAUCUGUCACCCCAAUGUACAACACUUACCGUGCUUCUCAGUUCAUGUUCCCAGGUGACGAUGAUGUCCUGUCACGAGCCGGGCGCUAUUGCCGUGCAUUCCUCCAAGAAAGGCAAGCCUCGAACAAAUUGCAUGACAAGUGGGUCAUCACCAAGGACCUGCCGGGCGAGGUCGAGUACACACUGAACUUCCCCUGGAAAGCAAGUUUGCCACGAAUCGAAACAAGGAUGUAUCUGGAUCAGUAUGGAGGCAGCACGGACGUUUGGAUUGCCAACGUCCUCUACAGAAUGAAUCUUGUGAGCAACGACCUGUACCUUGAAUUGGCAAAAGCAGAUUUCAGAGAAUAUCAAAGACUCUUCCGACUUGAGUGGAAUGGCCUCAGAAAGUGGUAUUUCAGGAACCAUCUGCAGAGGUAUGGUGGGACGCCAAAGAGCGCGCUCAUGCCUUACUUCUUAGCUUCAGCAAACAUCUUUGAAUCUGACCGAGCAGCAGAGCGUCUAGCAUGGGCUCGUACGUGGGUGCUUGCCGAGGCAGUGACCUCUCGCUUGCGACAUACUGGGGGGACAAAGGACUCAACAAAGAAUCUUGAAGAGCUUAUCGACCUUGUUUCAUUCGACAAUGACUCUUCCAGCAGUCUUCGUGAUGCUUGGAAGCAGUGGCUCAUGGCAUGGACUGCAAAGGAGAGCCAUGGAUCAAUUGAAGGAGAUACAGCUGUGUUGUUGGUUCGAACAGUCGAGAUAUGCUCAGGAAGGCAUGUUUCAGCCGAGCCAAAGCUGAACCUUUGGGAGUAUUCCCAGCUCGAACAGCUCACCUCUUCCAUCUGCCGCAAGCUUGACACAAGAGUUCUUGCUCAGAAUGGGGAAAAUAUGGAGAAUACAGAGGACUUGGACUGGCAAGUGGACAUGGAGAUGCAAGAACUAUCUUGGAGAAUUCAUCAGGGUUGCCAUGGCAUCAACAGAGACACCAAGCAGACAUUUCUCCACGUGGUGAAAAGCUUCUACUACUCGGCUCAUUGCUCACCUGAAACAGUUGAUAGCCACAUAGCAAAGGUCGUCUUCCAGGAUGUGAUUUAA